AAGGAAAACUGCAGUUUUGUGAUGCUUUAUAGUAUAUUGGAAGAUCUUUACGUCAUUUAUUCGAUUUUAAUUAAUCUCACUUUAUUCAGCAGCUAAUUUUUUUAAUUCUGAAACAUCUUUAAAAAACAAGAAACAAAGUUUAAAAAAAGGGGAAUAAUGUAUUUAAAAAAUAAAUUCCAUUCUCAAAAUGAAUAAAAACAAGAAAAUUAUUACUACUAAAUAAAUAAAAUGUAUAUAGAAUGAACGAAUUAUCAGCAAAUAUAAUUUUCAUAAUAAAUUACAAGCUUAUAACUAAAAAGAAAGCUAUCGGUUUUUAAAGCGUUCCCCAUAUCAGUUCUUCAGAAGGACAGAGAGAGAAAAAGAUUUUCAAAAGGGAGCAAGACCUCCCACCGAGAAGAUUAGUGAACUUGGGGGUGGAAGUUGCCUUCCUCCCUUACUCAAAGGUAGAAAGUGACUUGUGUUUCAAAGGCAAUAUUACAAAAAGUAAUAAAGAUUAAAAAAAUUAACCUACAUUUUCGUGGAUAGGAAAGAUUGAAAAAAUUAUUAGUAUUUUUUUUUAAUUGAUCACUCCGAUUCUUGAACAAGAAAAAUCGAUUCAAAGUAUGACAAGCCCGCCAUAGACUUUACAUGUUAAAAGCAGAAUUGAGGAGUCUGCUUGGUGCAACACUUUUCUCCCGGCAACCACGAUUGUGGACCCGACUUUCUGAUCAUUUGAGCGCGCCCCUUGUUUUUGUUCGCCAUGUGUAGGGUUAACGUCAUAGAAUGUCGGCUACCAAGACAGUUCCCAUUUCAUUACACUCCUAAAGUGGAGCAUACUCCAACGCUCAAAGCUUUUUAGUUCGUAUAACGUUAAAAAAGACAGUCGUUUUAAGCGUUUUCAGAACGUAAAUACUCAUCCCCGUUUGUAGUGAACAUCCAUUUUUUGUCUGUUGAAAACAUAUAGUUUCUCUUUUUGUUUCAACCUAUUUGUCUUGUUCUCUUGACACUUAAAUAAGCACUGGGUAAAAAUAAUGAAUUUAAGAAGUUUUUAGUCAUUAGUUUUUUUAUAUUCAUUAGGAAUUAUGGAAGCUAUUCUUAAUACAGACUUUAAUAAUAUACAGAUUGCGAGUAGUAUUCUUGAAGCAACAAAUACUGAUUCAUUUGAAACAGUAACCAUAUAUCCAGAUUUAGAUACUCUUGUUUCAAUAGCAAAAUGUGCCAAAAACGAAAAACACCCUGUCAUACAUACUUUUGACAGUGAAAAAGAACAAUCUGUUUUACAAAAUGAAAUUGAAACUAUCUAUCCUGAUUUAAAUAAUUAUGACUCCGAAAGUAAAAUUUUACCUACUAAGGAGGGAUCCAGCAGUUUAAAUGACAAAUUCAAAUGUCAUAUUUGUUCUUGUACUUUUGCGAAUGAGUUAAAAUAUAAAAUUCAUUUAAUCAAACAUCAACAAUCUGUCCAUGUUGAUUGCAAUUACUGUGGUAAAAAGAUUGCUUAUAAUCGUUUUGUUUAUCAUGUUAUGGUACAUACUGGUGAAAAACCUCAUAUCUGCAGCAUUUGUGGAAGAGGAUUUCGUUUGAAACGAGAUCUACGACAACACACAUUUACGCACACGGGUGAAAGACCCUACCCAUGUGAUAUUUGUGGUAAGAAAUUUGCUGAUACAAGUUCUAGAAGGAAGCACUUUCAAAUUCAUACGGGAGAGAAGCCAUAUAGUUGUGAAAUCUGUCAACGAUCUUUUACACAAAUAUCUCAUUUAAGGGAACAUCAAGUAACUCAUACAAAAGAAAAGUCACACUCUUGUGAACUUUGUAUGAAAAAGUUUACCACCAAAAGUAGUAUGCAAAGGCAUAUGUUAACACAUAACAAUACAUGUGAGGUUUGCAAUUGCACCUUUACUACAAAUAACAAAUUACAGAAGCACAGGGAACUGCACAAUACUGAAAGGCCUUUUUCAUGUCCCAUUUGCCUUAGGAGAUUCCGUAAAAGAACUGAUAUAAAUACUCAUAUGUUGAUUCAUUCAGAUGAGAAAAAUGUUAUUUGUAAAAUUUGCAACGAGGCAUUUAAAAGUUAUCGAUAUCUUAGAGUUCAUUAUGCUGGUUCUCAUAAAGGAUUGGGUCCACCUUUUAGGUGUAAUAUUUGUCUAAAGGGAUUUUUUCAAGAGAAAAGCAUGAAACGGCAUUAUGCUGCCCAUUUUAGUGAUUCUAAUAAACGUGUGAAAUGUCCACUUUGUUCUAUUACUUUUUCAUGCACAGAAUCUUUAAAAAAACAUAGCAAUUUAAAGAAUUGUAGCAUUCUUAAAUGCUAUGAAUGUGAUAACCAAUUUGAAAGUAAAGAUGAUCUUGUCCAGCAUUUAAAAAUUACACAUUAUUUAUUUUCUGACAGUUUAAUAAUUCCCGACGUUGUCGAUGAUUCAAACGUCAAGAUUUCUCCUCAACAUUCAACUGAAAAAGAUGUUGAAAAAAAUAUUAACUAUUUGUCUUCAUUUGGAAAUUCUAAUAAUUUAACAGAUGAAAAGAAGCCAACUAUUAAAAAUAAUAAAAAUGAAUUGAAUUCUUUUUCUAAGAAGCGCAAAAGUGAAUCAUCUCGUAAAAGUAAAUUAUCUGCUAAAGCACGUAAAAAUAGUAAAUAUGUACCGACAAUUGUUAAAGUGGAAGUCGUGUCUGAGGCAUCUAAUAGUUUUUCUGAGCAUGAUAAUGAUUCUUGUUCUUCAGAUAAAUAUUUCCUCAAUUUGAAAGCUUAAUAUAGUAAAUUGCUUUCAAUAUGAAUGAAAAUAUGCUAAGACAUUUAUGAAAUUAUAUUACUAAUUGAUGCAAAUAAUGUUCACUGAAUUGUGUUACUAAACAUUUAUCCAUUUUUUUAAAGGGGGAGGGGGAGCCUGUAAAAUAUCUGCCAAAUUAUUACUUAUCGUCAUUAUUGUUUAUAAUUUUACUUAAACAUAAUAAACUAAAUAAUAAUGAUAACAAUUCUUCAGAUAAAUGUUUAAAUUGAAUGUGUAUUGUAAUAAAUUUCUUUUAUUAAAAGAAUUAUAAAU